AUGGAAUCAUUAACUAUUGUCAUUAAAUUAGGCACUUCAUCUUUAGUAGAUGAGGUUACUUUGGAACCAAGGAUAGCUAAUAUGUCUCAUAUAGUUGAAACAGUGGUCAAAUUACGUAGACAAGGUCAUAAAAUUAUUAUUGUUUCAUCUGGUGCUAUUGCUUUUGGUAUGAAAGUAGUUGGAUUAAAUUCAAAACCAAAAGAAUUAACAAAAAUUCAAGCUUUAGCUUCAAUUGGUCAAAGUAGGUUAGUGGGAUUACUUGAUAAUUUAUUUAGACAAAUGAAUCAAUUGAUUGCACAAAUUUUAAUAACAAGAAAUGAUAUAAUGGAUUUUACACAAUAUAAAAAUGCUAAAAAUACAAUUAAUGAAUUAUUACAAAUGGGUGUUAUUCCAAUUGUUAAUGAAAAUGAUACAUUAUCAGUUUCAGAAAUCAAAUUUGGUGAUAAUGAUACAUUAAGUGCUAUAACUUCUGGUAUGAUUUAUGCUGAUUAUUUAUUUUUAAUGACUGAUGUUGAAUGUUUAUAUGAUGAUAAUCCUAGAACAAAUCCUGAUGCAAAACCAAUUAUAAUAGUUGAUAAAAUUGAUGAAUUACAAGUUAAAACUGAUGAUAUUGGUGCGGGUACAAAAGUUGGUACUGGUGGUAUGACUACAAAAUUAAUUGCAGCAGAAUUAGCUACAAAUGUUGGAACUACUACUAUUAUAACAUUACUGAGUAAACCUCAAAAUAUUUUAAAUAUUGUAAAUCAUAUACAAAGUGGUGAUGAUCCUAUAAAAGAUGUUGAAUUAGGUAAGAUACCAUUACAUACAAGAUUUUUAAGUUUAUCAUCAGAUGUUAAAAUUAAAUCAGAUAGAAGAUUUUGGUUAUUACAUGGGUUAAAAACAAAAGGGAAAUUAAUUAUAGAUCAAGGUUGUUAUAAAGCAUUAACUAGAAAAGAUAGGGCUGGUUUAUUACCAGCAGGAAUUAUUGAAGUUGUUGGUAAUUUUCAUGAACUGGAAUGUGUUUCAGUUGUUGUUAAAAAUGAAAAUGAAUUAAUAGAAGUUGGUCAUUGUAGAGUUAAUUAUUCAUCAAGUGAAAUCAAUUUAAUUAAAGGUCAUAAAUCAAAUGAAAUUGAAUCAAUAUUGGGUUUUGCUGAUUCUGAAUAUGUAGCUCAUAGAGAUAAUUUAGCGUUUCCACCAAAUAUAUAG